AUGGAACGUUGGCUUAAAGGCGUUAAACGUGUUGCAACAACAUCUUCUAAUGACGCUGAAUGUUCAAAAGCAGUACAUGCGGAGAAUGCAGCAAUUACCGAUCGAGACGAUGAUGCCACGACGUCAAGCUCCACGGUUUCAAAGACGAAAAAAAGGAAAAAAGAACAGUUAUUGGAAAGUCAAAAAAAUAUGAUGCAUGUAACACAAACUAUCAAUGAAAAGGCCACGGAGGCAUCAUAUUUAGUUAGCUAUCGCAUUGCACAAGAAGGUGAAGCGCACACUAUCGCUGAAAAUUUAAUAAAGCCAUGUGUGUUAGACAUAACAAAAUGUAUGCUCGAUGAAAAAUCUGUAAAGUAUCUUUCUACUGUGCCGCUAUCAAACGAUACUGUUUCACGGCGAAUCCAUGAUCUGGCAAGCUACGUCAAACAAGAACUAGUUACACGUCUACAAAAAACACGAUUCGCCUUGCAAAUUGAUGAGUCAACUGAUGUCGCUGGUCUGGCUAUCUUGCUGGUUAUCGUGAGAUAUCCAUAUGAAAGUUCUUUUGAAGAAGACAUGCUUAUGUGUUCACCGCUGCCCACAAACACUACCGGGGAAGAAAUUUUUAAUAAAAUAAACAUAUUUUUUGAAGAAAAUAAUCUCAGUUGGAACGAUUGCAUUGACAUUUGUACAGAUGGGGCCAAGGCUAUGACAGGUAAACAGACAACAGUAUUCCAGGCCUAUAACAAAAUAACUGCCUUCAAAAGAAAAUUAGAUUUUUGGAUUGUUUGCGUUGAUAAGAGAGAAAUAGAAAGCUUUACGUCACUCAGUGAGUUUGUUAGCGAUAACGACUCAGAAAUGUUUCAAGAUGAUAUGUUUGAUGAAUUGGUUCAAUAUCUCACUUCGAUGCGCGCAUCUUUUGAAAAGUAUUUUCCCGAAGAACAGAAUACAAAAAUAAAACUGAAUUCAUGGAUUCAUAAUCCUUUUUUACCCAACUUGCAAAAGCCCGAAAGUGGAUAUGGUCUAAUAGUAUACAGCCUCAGAGAAAACAAAUCCUGGAGAGUCUCCCAUAACUACUUUUACCUAGAACCUCUGGCUGGGGAAUUCCAUAUUUCAGGCCACGAAUUCCAAUGGAAUGACGGUAUCUUUAGCGUAGAACUGACUUCACCAAAAUCAAAUGGAUAUAGAGAUAUGUAUUUCCACUCCAUGGCUGGCACCCACAUGUACAAAGUGUCUACCAGAAUUUUAAGAAACGAAACUUUAGCUACUAGGUCGUAUCAUCAAGAUGACUUCGAGAAAAAGAAGAAAAAGAAGAAAAAGAAGAAAAAGAAGAAAAAGAAGGAAAAAGAAGAAAAAGAAGAAAAAGAAGAAAAAGAAGAAAAAGAAGAAAAAGAAGAAAAAGAAGAAAAAGAAGAAAAAGAAGAAAAAGAAGAAAAAGAAGAAAAAGAAGAAAAAGAAGAAAAAGAAGAAAAAGAAGAAAAAGAAGAAAAAGAAGAAAAAGAAGAAAAAGAAGAAAAAGAAGAAAAAGAAGAAAAAGAAGAAAAGAGAAAGAAGAAAAGAAAGAAAAAGAAGAAAAGAAAAAGAAGAAAAAGAAGAAAAAGAAGAAAAAGAAGAAAAAGAAGAAAAAGAAGAAAAAGAAGAAAAAGAAGAAAAGAAGAAAAAGAAGAAAAAGAAGAAAAAGAAGAAAAAGAAGAAAAAGAAGAAAAAGAAGAAAAAGAAGAAAAAGAAGAAAAAGAAGAAAAAGAAGAAAAAGAAGAAAAGAAGAAAAAGAAGAAAGAAGAAAAGAAGAAAAAGAAGAAAAGAAGAAAAAGAAGAAAAGAGAAAAGAAGAAAAGAAGAAAAAGAAGAAAAAGAAGAAAAAGAAGAAAAAGAAGAAAAAGAAGAAAAAGAAGAAAAAGAAGAAAAAGAAGAAAAAGAAGAAAAAGAAGAAAGAAGAAGAGAUAUUUCUUAUAAUUUCGUUGUCGGAGACCGUGGUGCAGAGUCACAAACAUCAGCGGCUGACAUACAUAAACCCAGUGGUAUCAUGUUCCUAAGUCUAGUCAACCAAAAUGCCUUAGGAUGCUGGAAUACCAACAGACCGCUACGCACAAUCGGCUUAGUUCAAAAAGACGAUAGAAAAAUGAUAUAUCCCUGCGAUGUGAAAGUAUAUGGAGAUAAAGUUUACCUGCUGACAAAUACAAUGCCAGAAUUUUUGUACGGCAAAUUAAAUUAUAAUAAGAAGAACUUUAGGGUUUGGUCCAAUGAUGUUAUGGCAGCAACAGCAGGUACAUCGUGUGAAAACAGGAGGGGAUCCUAUGUGGCAGCUUCUGAAGCUGAUGUAGAAGUAAGACCUGGUGGAACCUAUUCAGGAGGAGCUUCAGAAGCUUAUGUUGAACAAAAACCAUCUGGAACCUACAAAGGACAAAGACCAUCUGGAAUCUACAGAGGACAAAGACCAAUGUCUCAUAGUCCAAUAGCGUAA